CCACCAUCAUCAGUCAGGUAUGCAGUCUGCUCACCUUUGAAAGGCUUCCCAGCAGCCAAGCAAUUCUCCUAACCAAAGCGUCCCAUCUCAUCCUUUGCCUUUCCAUUAGCGAAAUGAGUUACCACCAGCCUCAGGGGGAGGCCUUGGCUUUUCAUCGUCUCUAGUCAUGAGGCUGAAAUCCAGGAGGGGCCAUCCCGAGGAACCCUGACAAGGGGAAGCCAAGUCCUAAGAGAAAUAGCUUGCAGACAGAGCUCAUCUUAGUAGGGUAGGAACUUUCCCUGGCCACUGGAAAUCAGGCUUGAUCUCAGCCGCUCUGUGUUUUUCCUUGGUAGAAGACCCAGGUAGCUAAGCCCUCCAGUCUGAACAGAGAGCAGCCGUGACUCCCAGGACCCAAAGGCAAGGAGACUGCUUCAAUCCACGGAAGCCAUGACGAAGACAACCACUUGCGUAUACCACUUCCUUGUUUUGAACUGGUACAUUUUCCUCAAUUAUUACAUCCCACAUAUUGGAAAGGAUGAAGAGAAGUUAAAGGAAUUCCAUGAUGGUGGACGUUCAAAGUACUUGACACUCCUUAAUCUGCUCUUGCAGGCCGUUUUCUUUGGGGUCGCCUGCCUGGAUGAUGUGCUGAAAAGAAUCGUAGGAAGGAAAGAUAUCAAGUUCAUCACAUCCUUCAGAGAUCUACUUUUCACCACACUGGCUUUUCCUAUCUCCACGUUUGUAUUCCUGGUGUUCUGGACCCUCUUUCACUAUGAUCGAAGUCUCGUUUACCCUGAGGGCCUGGAUGAUUUCUUUCCAGCAUGGGUUAAUCAUGCAAUGGAUCAUUUAUUUCCAGAUGAUUGGAGGCUAUUCAACCCCCUCAGUGUCUUAUUAUGGAAAAUUUCCAGCAUAACGAUGAAGGGACUCCACAGUGAACUGUUGGUUCUGCACUUGCUGCAUACCUCCAUAUUGCCCUUCUCGCUGGUUGAAGCCAUUCUCAGACCACACCACUAUCCAUCGAAGAAGCUAGGACUCGCCUUGUUGGGUACUUGUAACAUUGCCUACAUUAUCAGGAUCCUGUGGCGCUACUCUCAGACCGGAAACUGGGUGUACCCUGUGUUUGCCUACCUCAGCCCACUGGGUAUUAUCAUCUUCUUCUCAGCUGCUUACAUCCUGAAUGCCGGCAUCUACCUUCUUGGAGAGAAGAUCAAUCACUGGAAGUGGGGUGCCACAGUGAAGCCAUGGAUGAAGAAGAAAUGACUGCACACUAUUUUCCAAGAGCCAUGGAAGAAGAAACCUAAGAACUGGUCAUCUUUCUAUUAUUCUCAUUAUCAUUAUUUCUUUUGAGAUCAGUGGUAGAAUAGCAUGGGGAGAUAGAAAGGACAGAGAAUGAUGCAUACAUUUAAUAAAGGGUAUGAAGGGA